AUGGGAGCUGUUGCUUCUGUUGCUGCUGCAUUUAUUCCACCCGUCCUCACCGCCGUCGUUGGUGUCUUGUGGGCAAUUCGCGGCGCAUCCAGCGGCGGACGCGUUCGCGAGAACCCGGUUCUGCAAGAGCUAGAACACCGCAUUCAGCAGCAGCAACUGGCCAUCGAGGCCGCGUCGGCCAACCAGGCCAGCGCUGAAGAAGCUCGACGUUUGGCAGAAGAUGCAUUCCGACAAUCCGAGGAGCACAGGAGGAGGUUCGAAGAAAGCUCCAGACUGCAGGAAGAGGCGAGGCUGAGGGCAGAAGAGGCGAGGGCGAGGGCAGAGGAGGAGCGAGCGGACGAAGAACGUGUACGAGCGGAAGCUGAGGCGCGGAGGGCGCAGGCCGACCAGCAGAGGGCUGACAAAGCCAGGCAGGACGCGGAAAGGACCGCAGCUGAAGCUCGCGCUGCGCGUGAGAAGGCGGAGAAGGACUUGCGCGAAGGCAUCCGGCCUAUCAUCAUUCCCACCCAAGCCCAGCUCCGCGCGACGAAGUUGCGCCUCCAGUACAGGGAAGGUCUCUUCCACUUUGCUAUCGCAGGAAUCGCAGGGAGCGGCAAGUCCUCCUUGAUCAACGCCUUCCGUGGCCUCCGCAACAAGGACAGGAGUGCAGCACCGACGGGCGUUGUCGAGACCACAAGUGUCAUUACUCGGUACCCCGACCCCAGUGCUGCGAACCCCUUCGUGUGGUACGACGUUCCUGGCGCCGGGACGCUGUCCAUUCCCGACUGGCAGUACUUCACUGACCAGGGACUCUACGCCUUUGAUUGCAUUGUCGUCCUCUUCGACAAUCGCUUCACCGCCACGGAUGUCGCGAUCCUUCGCAACUGCACCCGCUUCCAAAUCCCUACCUACAUCGUGCGCUCGAAGUCGAGGCAGCACAUCCAGAACGCCGCCGAAGAUAUGGUUGACGAGGACGACGACGUCGUCGAACGCGCGCGUGAGCAGUACAUCCGGGAGACGCGUGCCAGCGUCGCGCGCAACCUGGAGGCAGCGGGCCUACCGAAGCAGCGCGUUUACAUGGUCGAUAAGGAGGCGCUCUGCAAGGUGGUGAAGGGCAGACAGCCAGAGGAGUGCAUCGAUGAGUGGGAGUUGCUGCGCGACCUGCUCAGCGAGGCGCGCCGUCGACGCCGUGCCCGCCAAGCAGCUGAAAGAGCUGCUGCCGAGGCGCGGGCCCAGCAGGAAGAGGCCGAAAGGCAGCUACGUGCAGGGGCUCAGCCCGUCGUCGUGCCUACACUGCAGCAGAUCCGCGAGGCAAAGCAGCGCCUGCAGUACCAGGAGGGGUAUGUCCACAUCGCAGUCGCAGGCAUAGCCGGCAGCGGCAAGUCGUCCCUGAUCAACGCCCUGCGCGGUAUUCGUAAUGGCGAGGCGGGGUCUGCGGAGACUGGGAUUGUCGAGACAACGAGCGUCAUCGCACGCUACCCCGAUCCCAACCCCAACAAGCGCGUCGUGUGGUACGACGUUCCUGGUGCCGGUACCCUCUCAAUCCCAGAUUGGGAGUACUUCACCAACCAAGGGUUGUACGUCUUUGACUGCAUCCUGGUACUCUUCGAUGCGCGCUUCACGGAGACAGACGUCGCCAUUCUGCGGAACUGCGCGCGCUUCCGCAUACCCGCGUACGUCGUCCGCUCGAAGGCGCGCCAGCACAUUCGCAACCUUGCCCAGGAUAUUGAAGGCGAAGACGAUGAUUCGGAGGAUGAGGCCGGCCUUACAUCCGGGGCUGUUGCGCGUGCACGCGAGAAAUAUGUGAGGGAGUCGCGGGAGAGCGUCGCGCGGAACCUUGAGCUGGCAGAGCUACCGCAACAGCGGGUAUACCUCGUCGACAAGCAGACGCUGAUACUGCUCUCCCAAGGACAGCACACGGGAGAUACGAUCGACGAGAGCGACCUGCUGGGAGUGCUAGCCCAAGAGGCUCAGCGCGUGCCAGGUCACUGGCAAUGA